AUGUCGCUCGCCGGCCUGCUAGCAGUGUGGGCGCGGCGCGGCGUGCGCAGGGGGUUCGACUUCGGGGGCGGACGGGUUCCUCCGACGGGCCGCUCCCGUCUGCUGUGGUAUCCCCUCUCCGAAGCCACAAACGCCUUCCGCUGUCUGGUACCCAACGGCCCGUGGUCCCACGCGGGGGAUUGA